AUGGACGAGAAACGAGCAGACGAGUCGCCCUCGAGCGAUACCUCCGACACAUCAGGCGACGUGGAGCGAAGCGGCGACAUCAACGAAAGAGCCCUCAUACGCAAGCUGGAUUUCCGGCUCCUACCAGCAGUGACCGUGUUGUACCUGUUGUCCUUUUUAGAUCGCAGCAACGUUGCCAACGCAAAAGUCGAAGGUCUCGCGGAGGCAACCAAUAUGACAGACGAUGGGUACCUGACCGGGCUAACGCUAUUCUUCCUGGGCUACGUGCUGUUCGAGAUUCCGUGCAACAUUAUCCUCAAGCGCACAACUCCACGGUUCUGGCUACCCACUCUGACAGUCAUAUGGGGCGUUGUUGCAACGCUGCUUGGCAUCGUUCAGCACCAAGCAGGGUUCUACGCCGCUCGCUUCUUCCUCGGUUCUGUUGAGUCCGGUCUGUUUCCUGGGGUUGUUUUUUACCUCAGCCUCUGGUGCGUACAAUGCUCUUUGAAAGUCCACAACUUGCUGGCGGACUGUGGCUUUGUCCCCGAGACCUGCCGUGCGCUGGUCCAUGUUGAAGGCAACUCUGACCGUGCAAUCCCUUCAGGUACCAGCGCAAAGAGCGCCAAUUCCGAAUCGCCUUGUUCUUCUCCGCCGCAGCUCUCGCUGGUGCUUUCGGUGGUAUCCUCGCAUACGGAAUAG